GCGCGGGUGAACGUCCUCUCCCGGCUGAACAGCGCGCCUGCUCCUUGCCGACGUGUUCUUCCGGUGGCGGAGCGGCGGAUUAGCUAGCGCCCGGCAAAAUGGAGCUCGAGGCCAUGAGCAGAUACACCAGCCCGGUAAACCCUGCUGUCUUUCCCCAUCUGACGGUGGUGCUGUUGGCCAUUGGCAUGUUCUUCACCGCUUGGUUCUUCGUUUAUGAGGUCACCUCCACCAAGUACACUCGCGACAUCUACAAAGAGCUCCUCAUCUCCUUGGUGGCCUCGCUUUUCAUGGGCUUUGGGGUCCUCUUCUUGCUGCUCUGGGUUGGCAUCUACGUAUGAGCUCCGAAGGGUUCCAACCAGGCAGCUUCACCGAAUUCCCACUUUUGUAAAUUAAUUUUUGUAACUAUUUCUGGAAAUGUUCCACUGGCUGCUCACAAUAAAGGCAGAUGUGUGACCAUC